AGCAAUCACGAUCUAAAAAGCAGUAACGAUAAAGCGAUGAAGCUGUACUUGCUGUUAUUGGUUACAACGAUUAUUUCGUCAGAAUGUCAUAAAAUACUCGUCUAUAUUCCUCAAAUGGGUUAUAGUCAUAUGAAUUUCCUUGGACAUCUUGCCGAUAGUCUCGUGAAAGCUGGCCAUGAUGUGGUGGGUCUUAUUUUUACGUGA